UCCCCUCCCGGCUUGUUGGCAAAAGCGUCGCUGUCGUGCUGCCGGCAGAGGCUCUCGGAAGUGGCCUGUGGGAGAAGAUGGCGCUGGCUGAGGCGAGCUCCCGGUACGCGGAGGGGGCAACGGCCGCCGCUGAGCGGCUGGACCCGCUGUCCCGCUUCACCUGCCCGGUGUGCCUGGAGGUGUUCGAGAGCCCCGUGAGGGCGCCCUGCGGCCAUGUCUUUUGCACACCAUGCAUUCAGGAGUGUCUUAAGCCAAAAAAGCCAGUUUGUGGAGUUUGCCGCAGUACCCUGUCUCACGGCAGCAGAGCUUUCGACUUGGAAAAGCAAAUUGAAAUGACAGAGACUACUUGCAAUGGCUGCAAUAAAAAAAUGUCCCUCUCAAAGCUGCGUAAUCAUGCAGCUUCUUGUUUGAAGUACCAGAAUUAUAUAAUGGAAGGUGUUAGAGCUGUGACUAAAGAUCCACCGCAGGAUACCAGGAGUGUUCCAAAUAGGUUCACAUUUCCUUGCCCUUACUGCAAUGAGAGAAAUCUGGACCAGGAAGGGCUGGUAGAACACUGCCGAAAGUAUCACAGCAUGGAUGCAAAGCGAGUGGUUUGCCCGAUUUGUGCAUCAAUGCCGUGGGGUGAUCCAAACUACAGAAGUGCUAACUUCAUGGAACAUCUUCAACGACGACACCAAUUUUCUUAUGAUACUUUUGUGGAUUAUAAUGCUGAUGAAGAUGACACGGUGGCCCAAGUUCUGUUACGUUCCUUGAGGGAUCAGUGAAUAUUGCAAGGAGUAAAACUCUUCAAUACUUGGCUUCCAUUAGGGGAAAUGUACUACAGACACUAUUUGCCUCAAGAUUCUUUGGCAUCCUUAAAAGUGAAGAGCCUUUCUUAGUUUUGGUUUCCGCUGUCUCCAUACUUGGCCUCGUCUAAUGGUUGCUCCUUUGCCGUUUGCCUGCUCAAGGGUAUCUCUGGUCUUUCCAGUUAAUCUUAAAUAUUAUUCUCUGCUUUUUCUUUCACUUUUGACUUCUAAGGCCUAUACACCACCAGGAACUUGGCAAUAAUUUUACCCUGUGAGCAUCCUCUUCAAAUUAUUGUGCUCUCUUAGACAUUGGUCAAGCAUCGGAAGACUAGGUUUUCUAGAUAAUAUAGAAGCCCUGGUUUGUUAGGUUCAGCUGUUAGAAAUGGGCUUCCAUUUCUUGAUUUUGUAGAGAAAUGUUGGGUUUUAUUCCAAAUCCACCAUUACAAAAGUUGAUGCCAGCCAUUCAACCGCACAAGUCCCAGUUGUGAGUAAUUCUCUCACUUCACAAUAUGCUCUUGUGUGCGUUCAGCAGCUGUACAGUACCUGCUUCUGUGAGUUAAGAGGGAAUUGGUUGUUUCUUAAAUUUGUUUGUUUUUUAUUUCUCCAUCUUUUGACAUCUUUGCAAAGUUCAGAUGUGAAGUAUGAUUGUGUUUGUGUGGUGCUUGGGAAGGCAGAAGAAUUCAAAGACAAUGUUUUAUUUUUUGCCUCUUAAACUCAGACUUGUAUAUUUCUACCUCUGCGCCUAGAGUUCGGAACAAUUUGAGAACAAGAGGGGUGAACUUUAGCAGCUGGUUUCUUAGACGUAACAUGUUGGAAAUACUGCCCUUUAUGUAAAACUGCACUUCUAUAUCCAAAACAAAUGCUAUGAAGGGAUGUGCGAGAAUUUCCAUGCUGACACGGCAGUGUUAAUGUGCUUAACCUAUUGUAAGCAUACAGCCACAUUUUGAAUUCUUAGGCUGCUGUGGUUCAAAAACAUUUCAGUACAUAGUAUACAAGAUCUGAUUCUCAAAUCGGUUCUUGAUACCUCAAAAACCCUAGCCCUAUUCUUGCCUGCUGUAUACACACUAACUAAACUGGUGAUUGACAAGUUGGGUGGUGUCUGCUGGCCUGGUGGUCCUGUGUUGAAUGGGAUAGGAUAACAGGGCUUGGUAUACAGCUCUGCAGGCUUUAUCUGCCAGAUCAGAAACCCUAUUAGGAACUCAUUCUACUGAAUACACAGAGAUCAUAUGAUGCGGCCUGCAGGUGUAAUUCCACCUUCCCAUCACAUUUAGUCAAUAUAUAGUGAGAAUAGGGCUACAGUGAGGUGAUUUGCCAGAGGUUAUCAGUGCCUCUGAAUGUACUGCCAUGUAGUUAAAUCUGAAGUGUGAGUCCUGAAUAACCUUUUCCUUUUGCUGGAUGUGUAAAUAUCCUCUUUUGUCGCACAUUCGGAAGUCAUGUUCUGUGUGCAAAAAAUAACUGUCAGAAGCAAGUUUGAGAACUGGGCCAGAUUCCUUAGUUCAGCCUUUACUAGCCUUGGUUCCCCAGAUGGUGUUGGACUGUAACUCCCAUCAGCCCCAGCCAUUGGGGAUGAUGGGUUCUGUAGUCCAAUAACAUCUGGAGACCCAAGGGUUGGGAAAGGCUGCCUUAGAUUAUACUUCUGUUAUACAAUCAGAUCAUUUGUUCUGUGUUUUAAUGACAAAUUUUUGCACUAAUUAUUAUAAGUGGAACUGAUGUGAGGUUAUGCUGCCAGAGCUAAUAUCGGUUACAGGUACUUCGAUUUUUGUAAAUCAGUACACAUAAUUUGGCCUGACAGGCAUGCAGUGAUAAAAUCUGAGUGUGAAGUAUGUUUGCAGCCUGCUGAAAGAUGAAUUCUUAGCACCUGUGGCUUUGAGCUAAUAAUGACUAAUAAUGACAUGGUACAUCUGAAACUAGUUCCUUUAUGCUGAAGUGGUCUAACUGCCAACUGCUCAUGCUACCUUUUAGAAAGUGCUCUGUGUGGAGACCGCUUAGUCCUAUGCUAAAAUUCUAUCUUAAAACCCUUGGUUGCUAGGUUUUUGAUUCCAUAUUAAGAGUUUUGCACUGAACCAUUAAUUAUUUUUUGUGUGUGAGUUUGGCCAAGAUACAAAGACGGCAUGUGGUGUUCUGGGGCUCAUGAAGUUCACUGCUGUCACCUUAGCCCCUUGUGUGUCUUUGCAUUUCAAAGCAGUAAGUGAAGUCUGGGAAACACACCAGAACAAUGUUUGGUAUGGUAUAGAAAGCCCAUAGCACAGGGAUGGGGAACCUGUGAUCCUUCAGGUGCACUGCAGUUCCCAUCAUCUCUCCUAAUUGGCCAUGCUGGCUGAGGCUGAUGGGAGCUGGAGUCUAACAUUCCCCAUGCCUGCCGUGGCCAGAAGGGAGAACUGGUUGUCCAUAUAUGCACGGAAGUGCCUUCUGCAUGCGUGUGAGCCUCUUUGAAUCUUGGCCACUGUCUUUCAGUAUUCAGUCAGAACAUUCUGCCAUCCGCCUAUGGAAUUCAUAGGAACCUGGGUAUCCUCCAUGAACAUAGCAAGUUUUUUUUGUUCUUGUAAUUCUAAGUGCACUUCUAGUAAUUUUAAUAAAAAAAUUUAGUGUGUCAAA